AUGAAUUUAACUGGUCAACAUCAACCAUCAGGAUUGCCAGAUAUACGAGAUUCUUCGCUUGAUGAUCAAAUUCUUGGCGGCCUAGUCUUUACUGAAGAAGAUCUCGCAUUACAUUCAGCUUUACAUAAUAUUGAUGACAUACGGAAUGCUCUUAUUGAUACGCCAAUGGAGCAAUUUAGUAGUUUCGACUCAAUUAUCACUAAUAUACCUGCAUCACCACCUGAAAAUGAUGAUAUAACUAAAUUAAUAUCAUCAUCAUUCGAAGAAAUAACAAGACAAAGUACAAUUGAAGAUACUAUGGAAAGAAUGAAUUUGAGUCAAUCACAAACAGAUAUUUUAGCAUCACCAACUUCUGUUCAAAUCGGUAGUUCACCAGUUGAACACAAAGAAAUCGAUAAUUCAAUUCUUGCAAGACAAUAUGUUCAACAACAAGAACGUCUGUAUAAAAAUGCAUCAAAAGUUAAAAAGAAUUCCAAGCAUCAAAACUCUUCAUCAAAUGUUGGUCCUAUUUAUAUUCUUUCAAGUUAUGGUGCAUGUCAACCGUGUACUACAGCUCAAAUGCAAAAUGAUUUUGAUGAUCCACAACAGAUUCUUCAAUUCGAUUCAAUGGACUCGAAAAAAAUUCAAUUAAAAUCUCAACCACGUUCAAAAUUUCGUCCACGCACACAAAAUGAAAGUAGAACUGCAUCACAUUAUAUUCGAUGUGAAAUAAAUAAUCCACAUGAAUAUCCAACGAUUUAUAUACCUCACAUAUGGGCACUUCAGUCUGCUAAAAAUAUAAUUGAAGUUUCUCUUGUUAGAAAAGAUGGACAACCACAUCCAUAUACAAUUGAUAAUAAAACUUGUAGUACUACAUUCGAUGAUAAUGCAUUGAUCUUUAGACAAAAUGAUCUGAAUACAUUAUAUUUUUGUGUAACGGAAGAUGAUUUUAAGACUGGAUGUAAAAGUUUUAUGGUUGAAUAUAUUAAAAGUAAACAAGAUGAUAUAAUAACAAAAGAAUUAAUUAAAGCACGACAACUUGAUCAAUCAAUGCUUCGUUUUACACGAAUAUAUCAAGCUGAAAAAAAUACAUAUCAACGAGAUGAAACUAGUACUGAAUAUUCUUGUAUAAUGAGUGAAGCUUAUGGUGAUGUUGGUGUUGAGCAUAUGGGUCCAACAUAUGGACCUAUGUGUGGUAAUGAAAGAGUAUAUAGUCUUCUUAAAGGUCGUAUUCUUAAAGAUGAUAUAACUGUAUUUGUUACGGAAAAUCGAAGUGGUUGGCAUCAACAAUUGAUAUUUACAAAAAAUGGAAAUCUUAUAUAUUUUUCAAUGCCUCCUUAUCCAUUUCCACGAAAUGAUUCUGGUGUAGCAAAUAUUACUAUAUAUUAUAAAGGAGAAGAACUUUAUCAAUCACCUUAUUUAUAUAAAAGUUCAUUAGAUCAAGCAUUAUCCGAACUUAAUUUAAAUGAUCCAACGUCAACUGUUAGUGAUUCAUCGACAUCCGAUGCUUUUGAUUUCUUUUCAGCUACCGGUGCAUGUCCAGUUCGAAUCUCGUCUAGAAAAUCAUCAACAGCGAAAUCUACAAAACGUUUAAAUAAUAAAUAG